AUGAAUAUACAAUCUCUCACUUCGGAGUAUUACAUGCUUCGAGCGAAACUUGUAUGUCUACAGGGUCGCUCAGAUAUCGCAGAAUACCUCUAUGCACAAGUACCCCCACCAGGUUCAAUCAAUAACUUGAACCAAGCCGUUGUGUCACAGUUAUGCCAUGAAAUUGGAUGCAACGCAUCAGAAGCGUACGAGCACGAACUUGCUAUCAAAUGGCUAAAAAGAGCGGCGGAGUGGAUUGAUAGGAGUCAGGUAGUCUACGAGCUCACUGUCUUAGCCCAUUUUUACAUCAAGUUCUCUGAAUCUCUCGGUACGACCGUUGUGUUGCAGGCCUUCGAUUUAUUUCUCUUGCAUCUACCAAUCAACCAGCGUGAUUGGAUCGACCAAAGUUUCGUUUUCUUUACCACUACAGUAAUUCAUCUUGACAUCUCCGAGGAAAUGAGAAUAGCAACCGUCGACAAGGCUGCCCAUGCUCUAAAUAAGAGAGGUUUUGAUGGACUAAGUGAGCCCGGGACCCAUGCCGUAUUUGCUGUCGUAUGGAAGCAUAUAGACGGCCUUGGGGAUGAGUACUAUUCUACAACACAGCAGUGGUGCAAACUUCUCUUAAACAACGAAAUACUCCAGACUAGCUCUGAAUUCAACAAAAUUCAAAUUCAAAAGAAGUUUGUGGAAUGCGCUCUGGAGACUAAACAAGAGAAUGACCCAUAUUUUGCUAGCAGCAUGCGAUAUGACGAGGAGGGGGACACCAUUGUAUACUCACCGACGGAAUUGGCAUAUCUUGCGACUACAUCGUUCAAUCGAGCUAUGGACUUCUACUCCGAGGAGAAGGAUAUUGAGUGCAAGCAUUGGGUGGAGGAAUCUAUUCGGUUAGCAAAGCUGAUGGGAAAUGCUGAAGGAGAUGGCCUAGUUCUGUUGUUCAAGAAUAAAUUGGAGGGAUUAUUCUGA